UAUAGAACAGCCUAAUUCGACCGCAUUUAUCUGUUAAGCAAUGACAAAUGAAAAAUCUAAAAGCUCAGCGUUACUGGCUGACAGCGUUGUGCGGCAGUCAAUCCAACCGGCGACCCCCGCGCAUUCUUCCUGAAUGGUACAGCCCGCCUUGCUCGCACAGAACUCGGGUCAGCCCACUGUAAAUCGGUUUUAAUUUUGCAGGGGGGUAUGCUUUUAGUUUGCGUUGACAUUUCGCGACAGCAACGACGCAAACCACUAAUCAACCCGAUCGAGCACACAUCACCUCAAAACAUCGGUCCAACAUAUAACUAUUCUAUUCAAACAACCGUUAUCACGCUUUCCUUCACCUCACCUAACAGCCCGAGUGAGUGACUCCUGAAUCUAUUCGCAGCUGCUCCGUCGCUUCCACGAUCCACUCCACUCCGGAUUUGGCUCGGAUAGGAACAGCUGCUGCAACGUUUGAGCAAUUUCAGGAGGUAAGACACAGGCAGCGGAACAUGAGGGCUCUGGUAGAGUCGCUGGAGCAGCACCGGAGACCGGUGGAACGGCACUAGAGGAUCAUGGCCGAGGACUAUUGGGAGUGCACGGCGGAUUCGGGAUAUUAUUACUGCUGAGAUUAGACGACCGACACACAUACACACGCACAGGAUUUCAAGUCCACAGGGCGCUUAAACAGUGGCAGCCCCUCCACCCCCCUCAUCUCGUCCCCCCCUCCCCCCACUGAUGGACCGCAUGAGGAAGAUCAAAAGGCAGCUGUCCCUGACGCUGCGAGGGGGUAACAGCGGGGACAAGACCAUGAACGAGACCAUCAGCUCUCAGGACACAGGAGCACACAGCGAUUCCGAGGCCAUGCCAGUUGGCAACAGUGGCGGUCUGCGGGGUUCAGUGAGAGGUUCGGGGGGUUCCUUCAGCAUGCACUCCCUCCUGCAGUCGUACAGCAGCGCUCUGCGCAGACCACGCAGCCUGGGCCGCAGUCUCAGCUCCUAUCUCAACCACACCACGCGCCUCGAGAUCGUCCAUGAGGAUGUGAAGAUGGGUUCGGAUGGAGAGAGCGAUCAGGCUUCGGCCACGUCCUCCGAUGAGGUGCACAGCCCCGUCCGAGUGCGUCUGAGAAACAACCCCGGCCGCAAGAUUUCCUCAGAGGACAUAAACAAGCGUCUUUCUCUGCCAGCCGAUAUACGACUUCCUGAUGGCUACCUGGAGAAAUUCAACCUCAACAGUCCGCUGUUUGACAAACCGCUCAGCCGAAGAUUACGCCGAGUAUCUCUGUCUGAGAUCGGUUUUGGGAAGUUAGAAACGUAUGUGAAACUGGAUAAACUGGGAGAGGGUACCUACGCUACAGUUUAUAAAGGGCGCAGUAAAUUGACGGAUAACCUGGUGGCUCUAAAGGAGAUCCGAUUGGAGCAUGAGGAAGGUGCUCCAUGCACUGCAAUUAGAGAAGUGUCUCUUCUGAAGGACCUUAAACAUGCCAACAUCGUGACUCUUCAUGACAUAAUCCACACUCAGAAGUCUCUGACGCUCGUGUUCGAGUACCUGGAUAAAGACCUGAAGCAGUAUUUAGAUGACUGUGGAAACUGCAUUCAUAUGCACAAUGUCAAGCUCUUCCUGUUUCAGCUGUUGCGCGGUCUGAACUAUUGUCACAGGCGCAAAGUCCUUCACCGAGACCUCAAGCCCCAAAAUCUUCUGAUCAACGAUCGUGGAGAGCUGAAACUGGCCGACUUCGGUCUGGCACGAGCGAAGUCAAUUCCCACGAAGACCUACUCCAAUGAGGUGGUGACGCUCUGGUACCGCCCACCUGACAUCCUAUUGGGCAGCACUGACUACUCCACUCAGAUUGACAUGUGGGGUGUUGGGUGUAUCUUCUAUGAGAUGUCUACGGGUCGGCCCUUGUUCCCGGGCUCCACAGUAGAGGAGGAGCUUCACUUUAUCUUCAAACUGCUCGGUACGCCCACCGAAGAGACCUGGCCUGGAAUAACCUCCAAUGAGGAAUUCAUCUCCUAUAACUACCCCCGUUACCGCGCCGACUGUCUCCAUAACCACACUCCACGAUUGGACAGCGAUGGAGUCGAGCUUCUGUCCAAACUGCUGCAGUUUGAGGGGAAGAAAAGAAUCGCGGCAGAGGAAGGCAUGAGACACCUUUACUUCCACUGCCUGAGCGAGAGAGUUCUCGCUCUGCCAGACACUACAUCAAUAUUUGCACUUCAAGAAAUUCAGCUGGAAAGGGAGCCGGGCAUGAGGACGAACUCUCUGUCAGAAUCAGAGCUUUUGCAAAGAUGUCUAAGGUUCCGUCACACCUUAGUCAACAGCAUAUCUCAACGACAGAGCCUGCUCUUCUGAACCCACGGGGCGGAAAGACAGGAAGACAGAAGAUACGCCGAGACGUUUCCUGUUGUGAAGAUGAAGGGAUGUUUUUUCAUUGCUAGUUCUGUGGCAUUAUGUGCUUAGAAGGGGUCACUGUAGCUGUUUACAUAGAGAGGCUGACGACGAUGUCAUGUUUUGUUCAUUGAUUUGUGUACUUGUUAGUUUUGAUCAUGAUGCACCCUGCCCCCUUAUACAUUUCAUGCAUAAACGUGUUUGCUAUUCCUUACCAACGGAGUUGUGUCGAUCCAACCACUGUAAUCACAUGCUGAAUGUUGUUGGAUAUCGGCUGCUUUCCUGUGCGUAGCCUCUUCUUUCAUUGACAGACGCUUUUUGCAAUACUCUUCAAGUGUGAUGCCUGUUAAAAGAAGGCCAUUUUAUGAAGGAAUAUGUCACAAAGCAUAAAUGGAAUAUCAAUCGACAAUAAGCCAAGUUUAUAAAGUGAUGGAAAUCACUUUAGUCUUCCAGAACAAUAUUCCUCCUCCUUUAGUGUAAUCGUCCAAAAGCCAACAUUUUAGUACUAUGCCAACAUAUGUUCUCUGUGAUCAUUAAGCACACAGGCUUUAUUUGUGUUCAUCAGAUUUUCGAAGUCUGUCCAUUUUUUACUUUUGUUUGCAAAAUCAUUUCAUUUUUAAUUGUUGUUAACAUGUUUUUUUUUUUGCCAUGCAAUACAUUUUGAUAAUCUAGAAAAUGAUUUCACCAAAGACCCCGCGUUUCCUCCCACUUGGUUUAACCUAGUUUGAGCUUCCAGGUCCACCAUUCACCCACCGAAGAAUCAGCUGCACUGUGUCGAGGACGAACAUUGAGCCUCCGAUGUGCUCCAGGCUUUUCCCGUGAACACCUGGUCCACGCCAUGUUGAUAAUUCUUCCAUUACUGCAGCACUUAGAGCCGUCACUCUGGGUGAAGACUGAGCUCGCUUCAGUCUGUGAGAUGAGGACUUAUAAAUGGGAUUCCAAGGCUUGUGUGGAGAACGGGUUGACUCGUACAGGGCUCAGGUUUCUGUCACUCUGCCGAACAGCUGAGCGGGCUGGAUAGUGUUCCACAUGUCGGGCCGGUUGUUCAUACUCUGCAGGGUUUGGAGCGCAUUGGUGUUGCGUUACACGCUGCAAAUUUAUCACACAGGUGUACCAGGGAUGAGCAAACCAAGGCCUCGGUGCACAAUAUCUGUCAUCUACAGUCCCACAAAUGUGAUUUUUGGGUGUCUGGGUCAUGUCACACCUCAAAUUCAAAAGAAAACGUUAUUCUACAUUAAGAAAAUGAGGUCCACUUUAAGCGGCAGUUUUAAUUUCAAACUUUCCCCACAAAUUCUUAUUACUGUAAUGCAAAAUAAAUAAAUAAAAUUUACAAUAGCAAUUUGAAAAGUAGGAUGUUCAAUGUUGUUAAUUUAAGUAUGAUGCAUUUUGUUUGUAAAUUGUAUAUUAUUUAUAAUAUAUGAGAAUAACGAGAAUUACAAAACAAGCUUUUAAAGAUGUCCGGAUACUUUGUCUGGUCUGCUUUAUUUAGGGGUUUACAUCAAAUUGUAUUGGUUCCAAAAUAAGCUUCAUUUUCUUUAUUUGGAAAAUAUUUGUCUCUUAAUUUUGAGGUGAAAUGUGACCCAAGCCUCGUAAAAUGCGCCAUAUCAAAGAUGAAUGCUGAGGAGGUUUCUAUUAUUUUUAGUAAAUCUAUAGUUUUUUAUUUGAUAUUUCAAGCAAUUCUAAAAUGUGUGGUCAUGUGGUGAUAGAUCGUGACCUCCCUUCUUCCCUGCUGGAGAUAACCUGUGAAUACCUGUUUGCUAUAUUUGUGUGUGUUUGAGAGAGAUGAUGGGAAUGCGGUCCUGCAUGGCAGUGUUUUAGACUUUGGUACAUUGUAAAUAGCCUUAGAAUGUUUUUUUUUUCUGAUCAGAAGAGUGAAGAGUGCAAUGAAACGAUCCUCAUAACAAUGUAUAAUUUUUGAAAGAAGAAUAUCUUUUUUGUUAUACUUCUCUUUGAUGACAUUGUUAAUUGUGUUCUCAUUUUUUUUAUGAGAUGUAGUAACCGAAUUAUGUUACUAGGAGAUUUACGUGCUGUAGAUAUUUGGUUUUGAUGUUUGUUAGUUCAUGAAAAUGGCUCACACUGAUUUAGACUUUCAUCUGGAAUGCGUAAAGUGAAAGGGCUUCAGUGGCUAUAUGUGCUUGUGUGGUAGCCAACUUUUCAUUACUGCGCAAUAAUAGCUAAUUUACGCAAUAACAUCGAUUUGUUUAUUUUUUUAUGAAAUUGUCCUAGUUUUAAUUUCCCCCCAAAUAAAAUGGAUCCACACACAUUUUACACCAGAAGCAGUGCAAGAACACAUGGCUGUUUGGCCCUUUCAUAAGUGUGACUUUGAAUGCAUUUGUACAUGGAGACGUUCUGAGCCAGUAAACAUGUUCAGUUCUCUGUAAUGUGUAAGGUUAUGAUGUUCUUGAAUGGGCAUUCUGUGCUAGAAGAAACUUGAUCAUUGAUCAGUAUUAUUUUCUUUUCCUAUUUUUGUAAGCGUUCUCUACAAGAUCCUAAAGUUUUAGGAUUUUCAGCCUUGUCACUGUUGUUUUCUAGCUGGCAUUGGUCUGUGUGAAAUGCUGAGGAAUUAGAGUUGCAGUCCGCUGUUCUAUAAAUAUGUUGAAAGCAGUAUAGGCAAACACGUAAGCAAUACUCACUGUAAAUGCACAUCUCACAUCUCAUGGGUAUCUUAUGCAGGAAUCACUCUCAGAUGGCCAUAGUAUAUUUUUGGUUAAAAUUAAGUUAUGCACAUAUGAGUGGUCAUUCUUUCUGAAUAAAUCAGGGGAUGUUUACUCCACAUAACAAUUGUAAAUGUUUAAUACAAAGCUCCUUUUUUAUAUUCUUUUGAAUGCAAUAGUUAAUUCUUUCAUUAAAAAAAAAGUGGUUCAGAUGUUAAAA